GGCGGGUACGUCACUCUGAGUCACCGCUGGGUGCAACCCAUCACGGAAGAGUGUUCGACGAUAGGAAGGAACCUAGAGGCCAGACUGCAAGGCCGGGGCUUUGAGAAUCUGCCGCGCAUCUUUACAGAUGCCAUCUUGCUCUGCUUCCAUCUCAAGAUUCGCUAUAUAUGGAUCGACGCGCUGUGCAUUGUCCAAGACGACGACAAUACCCACUCUUGA